AUGGAUUACACUCCGCAAGCUGCAAUGGCCUGGAUCAUCUCCGUAUUGGCACUUGCCAGUGAGAUUUAUUAUCUAUAUGUAUCUAUUAGCCCGCUGAAGUCAGCUGAUCUAGCAUUCGUGCUCAACACUACAAGCCAUUGCCUCAAAAACAACCUCUUUGUCGCAUCUUUCGUCACCUCAACUCUGACAACCAUUUUUACCGGAAAUAUUUUGAUAUGGAUCGUCAUUGCUUGUCGUAAAUGGAAUGCUUCGCAAAAUCAUUAUCGAGCUUGGCUUGUGGCACUCUUCAGCCAGGUGUUGAACAUCAUUAUUGCCGCAGCUCAAAUGCCACAUACGAAUCUUGCCCUCUACUUGACUCGUGGAUUCUCGUUGCUCCUCUGGGUACUUUCCACGAUGUUUUUUGUCUCUCGUAAGUUCGGUUUUGUGUCUUGUGCUUCUCCAAUGACAUUCCUUGGUAUAGAUAUUGCUCGUAUCGAGACUACCACGAUUUUAUCUCCCGUCAAGCCUCCCGAGACUUUUCAAGCUCACCCUAAGCGGCAUGUGAGCGCUUCCGAGGACUUUCGUUGUCGUGAUCCAUUUGCAGGCCCUUUAGGAGUCAGCUCUCACACCAUAUCUGCGAUUCCCCUUACGCACGCGGCAUCCUACAAAUCACUUCUUUCAGUUACGAGUAAACGACAGAAUAAGACGAGAUUCGUACCCCCAAAACACGUGCCAAAACCCUCGCUGUUGGCGGCCUAG